AUGAAUGAUUCUCGGCAAAAAGGACACAAAGCAUGUUUUGCACAAUUCAGACUACAGAAUGAACUUGAUUCUCUGCACCAUCUUUCUGCAACAAAGCUAUUAAUGGUUGAUGCAGACGAUGGAUGGUGUGCACAAUUUGAAUACACAAUGAUGGUUUUUGAGGGAAUAUAUGAAGGAAGAGUAUUAAGGUUUAUGGUGAAGAUCCCCUGCGAAUAUCCAUUUAAAUCACCAAAGGUGAUAUGCCUGGAUCGUGUAUUUCAUCCUAAUAUAGAUGAAAAUGGAAAUUUGUGUAUGGAAAUUCUAAGGUUGGGAUGGAAACCUAUUUAUGGACUUGAAUGUAUACUUGCAAACCUGCAUGUGAUAUUUGUUGAUAUAUCUGCAGAGGAUGCAUUGAAUACAUGUGCAGGGCGCUUACUAGAUUCUGAUUAUGACAAAUUCGUAAGAAUUGCAAAGGGAUCUGAAGAUCCUUAG